AGGAAUUCUAGCUGCUGAUAGGCUUAGAGGGAAAUGGGCUGGGAUUCUAUUAAUAAAAGCAAGCAACACACUAAGUGGGGAAGUAAAACAGUAAAGAAUCUGAGAGUUAAAAGGCACUACUACUGAACCAACAGAAGAUAAGAAAACUGUGAACUGAUAUACCAUGAUGCCUGCAGCGAAAGGCAUGUCCCACAUGAUACCCAAUCAUGUUCUGAGAGUGGGUCAAACUAUCCGCCUGGACCCAGCCCAGAAGGCCCUUCGUCAACAUCUCGGUCUCAUGGAACCCAGUGGCAACCAUGAUGACCUUGACAUUUCUCUGGAUAACCUUAACCAGCUCAUGCUGGACCUUGAUCCGACAUUUGAACCCAUUCAGGUCAACAAAAGCCCUUCAUCCACCAGUCCUACCACAGAUGACUCCUGCUCAGAUGAAGAUAUCUCUAACUGCAUUUUGGUCCCAAGAGGAUGUAAGCCCUGCUCCUUUCCCACUGGGCUGCAAUGUACAUCACCCAGUGUACCCAUCCCUACAAACAGCAGUCUCAGCUACAGUCCUCAGGGUACACUUGUCUUCUCAAGUUCCCCAACAUCUUCACUGCCUCCUCUCCCAUUUGGAAGCGCACCCCGACGAAAUCCUUCAUCAAAGUCAGACACAGGAUGCCUACGAUUGUCUCCUUCCAACAGAAACAGUACCACCUCGCUUCUUUCCAUGUCAACAUGCUCAGACACCAGUUACAUCCUCGGCAGCAACCUCUCCCUAACCAGUGAAGACCCUGAAACCCUUGAGUCCAUCCUCACCCGUACUUCUAGCUCCUUCAGUGAUGGAUCCAGAACAAGGUCAACCGAUAACAUGCACAGCCCAGAGAAGCCCCCACUAAUAAGGAGAGGUCUUCUACAAGAGCAGCAUGAUGUCCAGAGCAGUCCUGCUUCACUGUCUGGAUCUUUGACUGAUAUACCUGUACUGCUUGUCAAUGGCACAAUCCAGCCAGACCCGACAAAACUUUGUUUGGGACCAGAAAUAGACCUGAUACAGAAAGUAUCUGCGUUCAACUCAAAGCCCAGUACUCCUCACAGUUUCCAAGCCCAUUUCAAUGGCAGCCAGCCCUCAAUGAAGUUUGUCAUGGACACCUCAAAGUUUUGGUUCCGUCCACAUAUCAGCAGAACAGAAGCUGAAGCCCUGGUAAAAGACAAAGAACCAGGAACAUUUGUGGUGAGAGACAGCACAUCCUACAGAGGCUGCUUCGGUCUGGCCAUGAAAGUUAACCAAACGUCUGCUAACAUCACUUCAAAUGCCUACCCAGGAGAGAGCAGCUCAGACCUUGUCAGACACUUCCUCAUUGAAUCAUCAGCUAAGGGCGUACGCAUCAAAGGCUCUUCUCAGGAACCAUACUUCGGUAGUCUUUCUGCCUUGGUUUACCAGCACACAGUCUCUGCUUAUGCUUUACCAUGUAGGCUACAGCUACACUCCCAAGAAUUGAGUGCCACUGACGAGAGGACAAAUGACAAACCAGAAUCAGAGGAUAAGAGUAAAGCAGCUUCAAAUUUUGUCUACCUGAAUGCUGUCUCCACUGAGAUGCUGACUGGCCCUUGUGCUGUGCAGAAGGCGGUGUCAUCCACACUCCAGAAGGCCCCAGGCUCCUUCGCACCCACCAUAGUGAACCUGAAGGUCUCUGUGAAAGGUGUCACGCUGACAGAUAUCAACAGGAAACUCUUCUUUAGACGGCAUUACCCUUCUCACCUGCUCAGCUACAGUGGUGAAGAUCCUGACAAACGAUUGUGGACGAGGGGUGCCAGUUUUGGUGCAAGGAUGUUUGGCUUUGUAGCAAAAGGUGUCGAGGCUGGUAUGGAGAAUGUUUGCCACGUUUUUGCAGAGUACGACCCCCUGCAGCCUUGCAACAAUGCCAUUGAGGUUAUUCAGUCCGCCAUUGCAAAGACAAACAAGAACUGAAACAACAUGACAGUAUGAGGACUUGAGGGUCUCUCUACAUAUAAUAUUACAUACCUCCAAUAAACCUUUCCUGGCUUGUGUCAUCACAGCUUGUCAAACUGGAAAAGCUUUUACAGACCACACAUGGCUUGGUGGGAUCAGAACAAGCGAUAACAUGAAACAGUGACGUGAUUUUCAUGACUCACUGACAGUUAAUCUGUCUGUUAUACUGCUAAAGCAAAUUAACAACACUAAUGCAGUACCUAGUGUAAAAAAGUAUGUAUGCAAAAUGUUUUUGUACAAAAUGACACCAAAAAGGCAGUUCAAGACAAGAAAAUCAGUUGAUUAGAAGUUUCUAUUAACCUCAUGUAAAUUGAAGUCUAAAUCUGCACUAGUUGACUCUAUCAAAAAUAAAAUAAUGAGGGAUUUGAAGUUUUUUAUCAACAAAAUUGAAGAUUAGUAUCUUCCAUGUGGUAAUGUUCUUUCAAUUCAUCCCAACAGUCGGCAGAUACCCUGGUUGUAUAUUUCAAAUGUAUUUAUUUUACGGCAAUGCACUGUUAACUUUAUCAUGUUUAAUGUAUAUCAUUGUAUUUUUUUCUACAAUUAUAACGAAAAAUAAACCUGCUCAACUGUUUAACUCAUCUUUGUAAAUGCUUACUGUUGUUUCUACCCGACAGAGAAAAAGAGAGAGGGGCAGAGGGAAAGUAAAAGUACAGCAAUGGUUCAGGGAAAAGAGAUGGCGUGGUUUUCGUAUGAACUUAGGCCUAAUGACCUUACUUGAGCUAUGGUGGGCAUGUGUGCAAAGUUUGAAGCAAAUCAUGUUCAUGGUACCGAC